UGCACCAGGUACGAGUGUAACCUUUAGGCCUCUCCGGCGGAUCUGUUCGACGAGAAUCCAGGCCGUGAGCCAGCAUGGGACGGAACUAAUACCCGGACACGGGGUUCGCCGGAGGAUGCACUUUGGAGGCGCACGGGGACAAUGUUGCUUUUUUGUCCGACGUGCGGGAAUGUCCUGAUUGUAGAAGAGGGACAGAAGUGUUACCGGUUCGCCUGUAACACUUGUCCUUAUGUCCACAACAUUACUCGCAAAGUAACCAACAGAAAAUAUCCCAAGCUGAAAGAAGUUGAUGAUGUAUUAGGUGGUGCUGCAGCGUGGGAAAACGUUGACUCUACAGCAGAGCCAUGUCCCAAAUGUGAACAUCCUCGGGCAUAUUUCAUGCAAAUACAAACCCGAUCUGCUGAUGAACCUAUGACCACAUUUUACAAGUGCUGUAAACCAGGAUGUGGACAUCGGUGGAGAGAUUAAAACUGCUGUAUGGCAGCUGCUGACUAAGUUUUGUAAGAAUGCAUUUUUAGUUGUAUCGAAAUGCUUCUACAGAAAAUCGAACUUUCAGCAAUAAUUAAUAUAUCUGAUAAUGUUUAUCGAAAUUCAUUUAAGUUGUAAUUCAAUGGUAGUUAGGCCAUUUUAAUCUUCAACUGUAUGUAGUAGUUGACAGUUUUUUUUCCUGAUACUUCAACACGUAUUUAACUGUCUUUCAUGCAGUUUUCCUCACUUUAUUGAGUGAUUUAAAUUUCUUUGAAGGAUCCUGAUAUCUUGUUAAGAAUUAUAAAUGGAAAAAGUCAAACUUCUGUUGUUGUAUUGCAUACUUUCUUUGUGAUGAUCACUGGGUCCUGAAUAAAAAUGAAUUUAGAGUCAGAAUCGAAGAAAUGUGUAGCCCAGAUGCCAGCCAAAAAGUAAACUACUCAAAUUCAUUAGCUAUAGCCUUGAAGAUUAUGGCUCAAGUUCUUCCAAGGAGUUUAAAUGUGCAUGUUUCAACCUUCAAAGUUGAGUUUCUUGUCAUAUGCACGAGUGCAGUGACAAACUAAUGGCAGCAUCACAGGUAUACAUCUUCUAAGCAGCAUUCAUGAGGAUAAACUAAUGUAAAUUAUAAACUUCCUUAACAUAAAACAUUUUAAAAAUCCAUUUUAGUAUUGCUAAACUAUAGUGAUAAAGAUCUUGCUGAUUGGUUCAAGAACUGAAUGGUUAAGGGCAGUGGCUGUUCCUGAACCUGGGGGUGUAGCACUUCAGGCCUCUGAUGGUAGCUGCAAAAAGAUGGGUAUCUUUGAUUUUAGAUGUUGCCUUCUUGAGGCAGCACCUGUGGAUACUAUCAGUGGUGGGGAGGGUGUCCCUGUGACGUAUUGAACAUAGUUCACCACUCGCUGCAGCUUCUUGUGUUCCUAGAUUUUUCCAUUGCCAUUCUGGAUCAUGAUGCAACUAAUCAAGAUAUUUCCAACAGUACGUUGUAAAAGUUUGUUAACAGUGUUCAUUAAUCACCUACUAGGGUAAAGAUGUUGCCAUACUUUUCUUAUUUUAUUAUUAGUUAAUUACUUUCAUGAUACAGUGAAAAGCUUGUGUAGCAUGUUGUUUAUACAGAUCAUAGCACAGUGCAUUGAGUUACAAUAAGGUAAAACAGUGCCAAUGCAGAAUAAAGUAAAAGCGACCCAAAAAUGCACUGUGAGUAAAUGAUAGUGUAAGAUCAUAAUAAGGUAGAUUAUGAAGCCAGGAGUCCAUCUUAUACAAGAGGUCUGCUCAAGAGUCCAAUAAUAUUAGGAUAGAAGCUGUCCUUGAGCCUGCUGGUGUGUGCUUUUAGGUUUCUGUAUCUUCUGCCCAGUGGGAGAGGGGAGUAGAGAUA